CAUUGGGAGGUUAGAUUGGAUCGUGUCUGUCUGUCUGUGUAGUGAAGUGCUGCCAUGGCGAUGGUGCUGUGGAUCUUUCAACUGUGAAGGCUGAGUGCGCUGCAUGUUUAUUCUCCUUUGAGGAGUGACGCUACGCAGCUGGUUAUAGGACAAUGGCUGCAAUUUCACAUGUUUCCGGGAUGAUUGGUUGCCGUUUGGCACCUUCCAGCAGUAUGCGAUGCGGGUUGCCAGGAGACAGGCCGAGUGGUGGCAUACGAGGGAAACGAGAGUUACGUUUUGGGAUUGGCAGGGGGAGGGUUAAGGGGAUGCACGCGUGGGCGUGCAAGGCAAAUGAGGAUGAAGAUGGAGGAAACGAGGUUGUGAACCCCCUGGAUUUGGAGAAGGAAUUUCGGAAAGCUUUGGACAGUGAAGAAUCCAAGGCUUUGAUGAAAGAUUUAGCCGACGCUACAAAGCGUGUUUCAGAGAAAAAAAGAGAGCUGGAUGAUAUAUCUCGUCAGGAGAAAAAGGUUCAGGAGCUACAAUCUUUCCUUGAGCGCUUGGAUGCUGACCAGCAAGUUGCCGAUUCCGAAGUUUCAGAAAUGGAAGAGGAGGUUUUUAAGGCCGAAGCAAGUGUGAGGGCAGCUGAACUUGCUUUGGUUAUGGCUCGUGCUGGCGACAGUGGCGCGGAGCUCUCUCAAAAGUGGGAAACGGCAAACAUUGACGAAGAUGCGGAGCGUAUUGAAUCCGGCAAGGCAGCGGCCCUCUCUGCAGUUGCUGGUACUUUUGCCAGCCUCCCCUUCACUUUUUCCGUUGGUGGAGGCUUAACUGUGGGAGCUCUUUUAAGUCAAGCUGGCAUCUUACUCAGCUGUGCCUUGUUUGGUGUUACCUACCGAUAUGCCGUUCGUAGAGAUCUGGGAAACGUGCAGCUCAAGUCCGGAAUUGCCGCUGCUUUUGGAAUAGUUAGAGGUGCUGGGUAUGCUACACAAGCGCUGACCGGGUUUCCAGAAACAGGCAUCGACAGUAUUCUCAAGGCAAGCUUAGAAACCGGAGAAAGUGUCCUCCUCUUCAUAACUGCAGCAGUAGCAUUAGAUUAUUGCCUUCAAAACAAUGUACUUUCCCCUUUCCCCUCAAAAAAACAGCCCUAGGCGUUAUCAGGUUGAAUUUCAUAUUGCAAGCUAGUCACCAUGUCUUGAAGGCCAGUGACCUCCAAAAUUGUGCAUCUGUGGUAGUCACCUACUUUACAUUUUCGAAUCAGUUUGAUUUUUCUGUACAUAUCUCAGAACUAACAACCUACUUUGAGAUAGCUGUUAUUUGUUUAUUCUCA